UCUUUCUCUCUUUUUUUUCCUGGGGAUUUUUUUUAUUAAUUAAUCGAUUUAUUUCACUCAAAGUUUCUUUCUUUUUGGCUGCAAAAUCAUUAUUGUUGGUUUCCAUUUUCUGGGUGGGAAAAGCGGCAAUGCGAAGAGCUCGUUAUGUUAAAGAAGCAAAUUGGUAGUGUUCGUUUGUUAUUCGAUCAGACGUUGGGCUGUAAUCGUAAGGGCAUGGCUUUUUUGGCUCGUGACCAUCCGUUUUCGAGCCCGCUCCACGCGUUGCCGGGGGGCCAACGGCGGCUCAAACUCGUCCCGCUCGAUAAUUACAAUGCCUGCGGCGGCGGCGGGUUUAAGUUUAACAGAUCGGCCCCCGGGUUGAAUUUGAGCAUCAGAAGUUGCUUGGAGAAUUCCCCUAGAACCAGGGAUCAGAAAACAGUUGUCUUUGCUUCCCCAUUGGCGCGCGAAUUGGAAAUUUCUAAUCAUAAUGAACCCCAGAAAAAGGCAAAGACGGCGGUUGAUUCCAACGGUUCGUUUCAGAGGGGGGCUCUUGAUUUUCCCGACAAGCCGUUGCCGGAGAAAAUUGCGGUUGCUGUCGAUGUCGAUGAAGUACUAGGAAACUUUGUGUCAGCCUUGAACAGAUUUAUAGCGGAUCGUUAUUCGUUGAAUCAUUCGGUUUCAGAGUACCAUGUGUACGAGUUUUUCAGGAUAUGGAACUGUUCUCGCGAUGAAGCCGAUAUCCGUGUCCACGAGUUCUUCAAGACACCAUAUUUCAAGAAAGGUAUCCACCCCCUCCCAGGUGCUCAGCUGGCUCUUCACAAGUUAUCAAGAUUCUGCAACCUUUCGGUCGUAACGUCUCGGCAGAAUGUUAUUAAGGAUCAUACAAUAGGGUGGUUAGAGAAGCACUAUCCUGGACUUUUCCAGGAGAUUCACUUUGGCAACCAUUUUGCUCUUGAUGGCAAGUCUAGACCUAAGUCAGAAAUAUGCCGGACAUUAGGAGCCAAGAUCCUAAUCGAUGAUAACCCGAGAUAUGCUCUCGAGUGUGCUCAAGUUGGAAUCAGGGUUCUGCUUUUCGAUUACGAGAACUCGUAUCCUUGGUGUAAGAUACAAUCAGUGGAGGAUCACCCUUUGGUGACUAAAGUACACAACUGGGAAGAAGUGGAACGACAAAUAGCGUCGUGGAUCCUUAGCUCUUCCAUCCUUUAACACGGUCUCUAUGGACAAACUCCUGCAUAACAGUUUUGUGAACUGUUUCUCGUGCCGUUGAACACCGAAAAAUCCGGGUUUAUUAUCGUUCAGGGCGAAUCAUCGGUAAGGAGGCUGGCCAACAGUGGGGGACAUGAUUGUACUGAUUGAUUUUGAAGACAAAACAGGAAGGACCGUGAGUGAAAUAAUGCAUUUCUUGUUGACUUGUAUGAUGCAGAAAUGCCCUUGGAAACUUUGAUGUAGUUAGAAAUUCAUAAGAGCUUUAAGGAUAAUCCAUGAUUCCACUGAAGCAGCAAAGGUCACCCCCAACUUUGAUGUA